AUGGACUUGAGUGUAAAAAAGUUAUUUGGAGUUUUGAUUAACGGUUUUCAAAUCCACCCCGAUGUAUAAAUCAUUUUUAUUUAAGAAUGCUUAGGAAAUUGUUUGGAAUGCGAUGACACUACAAUGACAAGUUGUAGUAAAUGUAUUCCUGGAAGAGAUAACCAAAAUCCUAGCGAUAAAACGUGCUCAAUAGAUUGUAUAGGAUUUACAAGUUGCUCUAUAGUUUCUAAUACAUAUGUGUAUAGUAAUGUUUGCAUGCCUGGAACUGUGCUUAGAUAGGACCGUUGUGCUUGUACAUUUUCAAUAAUAGUUUAUAGCAUGUCCAGAUGGUUGUUUAACUUGUACUUAGGAUACAAUGUACAUGAUGAAGAGAACUUGUGA